AUGCAACUCGUUUUCAAACUCAAGAAAAUAUUUUGAUGUAUCAGUACAAAAGCCUCUGCAAAGCAUGUAAUUUAAAUAACCUGUACAAUCUUAAGAUUAAAUAUUUAAGGAAGUCAACUGCACUAUUUGCUUCACAUUGCUGUUUAAAAUGUUUAUAAAGUCAGUUAAGCAUAACGCUGUUAUCUUUGUGCACAUGUUACAUAUCACGUAAAACUGCAUACAUUUAAAAUAUGUCGGCUUGUUAAACUAGGAAGAUUUUAUGUAACAGAGAUGAUGUGGUGGAUAAAUUUUUGUUUGUGUCUUUUUCUUGUUGCUUUAAUAUUCAUAAUAUUCAGAUCUAUUGAUUUGCUUUUGCAAACAAUUCCAUCUAAAAUAGAAACAGAAAGGGUAAAAGAUGUACCAGUAAAACAAUUAAAAGAAACAGGUGCCGCCAAACAGGACAUAAUAAAAAAGCGCAAGAGAGUGCUGGAUUCAGACAAUUCAUCAAAUAGAAAAUCUGUCAUAUCAGAGCCUUCCGUACUUACCGAUGAGCAGUCACAAAGAGAAUCAAUUUACGUAGCAAUAAAAGAUUGUAGCCAAAUAUCAAGCGACUACAUUUCCGAAGAAACUGAAAUAUGUAAAGAUGAAAAAGGUGGUGCUUUGGAAAGUGGUCAGAGUGCAUGUCGAGGCGAAUCUAACAGCUCGAUUGAAGAUCUUGAAUUUGACAAAUUUCGAUCAUUUGUUGAUGACGAGCUGCUGAAAGAAGAGAUUGUAACUUUAGGCGUGCUACAUGGCCUCAAUAAGUACAUCAAAGAUUCGUUUGACAAGUGGGCACAACUUGAAUUAAAUAUUGCUGUGUCAGGUAAUUCUGGUGUUGGAAAAUCCAGUCUCAUCAAUGCUCUAAGAAAGUUGAAGCCUACGGAUGAAGGUGCCGCCGCUGUUGACGUUGUUGAGACAACAAAAGAAGGCUGUAAAUAUACAUAUCCUGAAAACGCAAAUGUAGCUAUAUGGGAUCUACCUGGCCUUGGUACAGAAAAAUUUAGAAAAGACGCAUAUUUGGAAGACAUGAAUUUCGCAAGAUUUGACGUAGUAUUGAUCGUUUCUGCUGGAAGAUUUCUUGAAAAUGAUAUAUGGCUUGGAAAGGAAUUACGUGCGAUACGUAAAAAUAUCAUCUUUGUUCGAACAAAAAUUGACAUUGACCUAAUGAACGCUAAACGAGAUCAUCCAGACACGUUUUUUGAAACGGCAUGUCUAGACAAAAUUAAAAGUAACUUAUCAAAUACAAUUCAUGAAGGAGGACUACCAGCUUCAGUUACAGGUAUUUACCUGGUAAGCUCUCCAGAAAGAAAUAAGUACGACUUUACUGAUUUAGAUAAGAAAUUAAAAGAUAUGCUCAGCAUCAAAGGAAAAGCCAUUAGGUCAAUUCUACAACAAAAUGUUCAGAAAGAAGUACACAAAAAUCAACAAAAGAACAAAAAUGGUUUUGGAUUCCAAACAGCACUUUCUGUUUUGACUGGAUUUGUGCCAACACAAGCGCUUACAGAAAGACUGUGCCAUAAGUCAUUAUCUAAUAUUCGUACUAUUUGCCAGCAAAGGUUUUGCAUUGAUGACAAUUCGCUUGAUAAAACGGCAAAUGAAUUGAAAACUUCGAGCAUGAGUCUGAAAGGGAGACUAAAAUCCUACAAAAAGAAGUUUAACUUUAAGCCGCCUCAUUUUGACAUACUUCAUCUAACGAGAUUUCAAAUGCCAAUUCUUGGCAUGUUUUUCUCAGCGCACAACGCAUAUGUUACAACAAAGAAGAAUAUAAAUACGAUGUGUGAUGAAAUGGCUGGGGACGAACUAAAGUUAGCAAAUGAACGACUAGAUCGACUUGAAGAUGAUUUGAAACCUAUCAAGUGAAUGAUCUGUUACGCGUAGUGCAGACUGCUGCUUUUGAGAAGUACAUUUUAUUUUAGAAAAACAAUAAUGAAACUGGAAAAAACUUAAUGAAGAAGACAUGCAUCCUGUACUUGGUGAUACAGGAAAAUUUCCUACAAUGGUUUAUGAAUCUAAAUGGUGCAUUAAAUAUUGGAUAAUAUUAUCAAAUUUACCUAGACAGUGAUAUAACAGACUCUGCUAUGAAAUGCUUGUAUUCUUUGAUAAUUUAGACAAUUGACUUUCCUUAGCAACCAAUGAUUCCCAUGGUAAUUGUUGACUUUUCAUAGCAACCAAUGAUUUCUAUUUCAACCAUUGAUUUUUUUAUACAUUUAGUGGCAUCCAUAGCAACCAUUGACUUUUCAUAGUAACGAGUGACUACAAUAGCAACUAGUGAUUUCAAUAGGAACCAUUGUUUUCCAACCAGUGAUUUUCAUUGCAAUAACUGAUUGUCCAAAGCAGUCAUUGACUUUUUUACAUUUGCAUUUUUUCAGAUGCUGAUUUGAACUUUGGUAUAAGAUGAGAUAUCUUUAGACCGAAUACCUGUUUUUCAUUUAUUGAUAAAUUUUUACUUCAUUACGAGCCUUUACAGACAAGUAAGCGAUAUAAGGGCGAUAUAAGGGUAAUGUUUGGCCUUCUUGUCUUAUGUAUAUAGUAGUAGUAAAAAAUGUUAAAACCAUAUCUCUACUGAUUUUGAUAAUUGUGGGUUGAUGUGCCAAACAUAUGAUAAAACUUUCUGUUGUUCCUUUUACUGUAAGUGCUUUACAAUUCGGUCUUGUUUACUUUUGUUCUUGUUCAUCCGGCAUCUAACAUAAUUGUUAUCCUUAUCUUAUCAGAGUAGAGUGACUUAUUAUACUCACAUGACCUCGACUGAAAGUGAUGUGUUGCUUCGGCGCGUAUUUAAGCUCAAUGAGACCACUUAUUUGGAAGUAUUUUUGUUUAAGAAAAAUAUUUCUCCACCGUUUAAAGAUUAUUUUAUUGUAUUUUUAUGAUAAUAAUGAAACGUAUCUUUAAAGCGGUCUGUCUUUAAAUAAUUAAAUCACAGAAAUGCG